AUGGAGGGCUUGGCCUCCAUGCCGCACUCUUCAGCGGCUACUGCAACCUCCACCUCGACUCCAGCGGCCCCGACAGCACGGAAGCAGCUGGACAAAGAGCAGGUUAGAAAGGCAGUGGACGCUCUCUUGACACAUUGCAAGUCCAGGAAAAACAAUUAUGGGUUACUUUUGAAUGAGAAUGAAAAUUUAUUUUUAAUGGUGGUAUUAUGGAAAAUUCCAAGUAAAGAACUGAGGGUCAGAUUGACCUUGCCUCAUAGUAUUCGAUCAGAUUCAGAAGAUAUCUGUUUAUUUACGAAGGAUGAACCCAAUUCAACUUCUGAAAAGACAGAACAGUUUUAUAGAAAGCUUUUAAACAAGCAUGGAAUUAAAACCAUUUCUCAGAUUGUCUCCCACCAAACUCUAAAGAAGGAAUAUAAACCCUAUGAAGCCAAGCUCCGCCUUCUGAGCAGUUUUGACUUCUUCCUUACUGAUGCCAGAAUUAGGCGGCUCUUACCCUCACUCAUUGGGAGACAUUUUUGCCAAAGAAAGAAAGUUCCAGUAUCUGUAAACCUUUUGUCCAAGAAUUUAUCAAGAGAGAUCAAUGACUGUAUAGGUGGAACGGUGUUAAACAUUUCUAAAAGUGGUUCUUGCAGUGCUAUACGUAUCGGUCACGUUGGAAUGCAAACUGAGCACAUCAUUGAAAACAUUGUUGCUGUCACCAAAGGACUUUCAGAAAAAUUGCCAGAGAAGUGGGAGAGCGUGAAACUCCUGUUUGUGAAAACUGAGAAAUCGGCUGCUCUUCCCAUCUUUUCCUCAUUUGUCAGCAAUUGGGAUGAAGCCACCAAGAGAUCUUUGCCUAAUAAGAAGAAAAAAGAGGCAAGGAGAAAACGAAGAGAAAGAAAUUUUGAAAAACAAAAGGAGAGGAAAAAGAAGAGGCAGCAGGCUAGGAAGACCGCAUCAGUUCUUAGUAAAGAUGAUGUGGCACCUGAAAGUGGUGAUACUACAGUAAAGAAACCUGAAUCAAAGAAGGAACAGACCCCAGAGCAUGGGAAGAAAAAGCGUGGCAGAGGAAAAGCCCAAGUUAAAGCAACAAAUGAAUCCGAAGACGAAAUUCCACAACUGGUACCAAUAGGAAAGAAGACUCCAGCUAAUGAAAAUGUAGAGAUUCAAAAACAUGCCACAGGAAAGAAGUCUCCAGCAAAGAGUCCUAAUCCCAGCACACCUCGUGGGAAGAAAAGAAAGGCCUUGCCAGCAUCUGAGACCCCAAAAGCUGCAAAGUCUGAGACCCCAGGGAAAGGCCCAGGGAAGAAGCCAAAAACCAAGGUAGAGGCAGUGAAGGAAAAAAAUCCUUCGCUGGGGAAAAAAGAUGCGAGACAGACUCCAAAAAAGCCAGAGGCCAAGUUCUUCACCACUUCUAGUAAAUCUGUGAGAAAAGCUUCCCACACACUCCAAAAAUGGCCCAAAAAACCCAAAGUACCCCAGUUGACCUAGAGUCAGUGAUUCAACUGGAAGGAAACCUCAAUGCUGCCUCCAGAGCUUUUUGGAGAUACUCAGAUCCUGACCACCUUUGUAACCUUCUCUAAGCAUCAGGCCUGGACUUAAAAGAUUUUUUAAAACCUCCGUAAGUAGUCCAGGCACGGUGGCUCAUGCCUGUAAUCCCAGCACUUCAGGAGGCUGAGGCAGGCGGAUCA